UAUCAACCUCUAUCUCUCUCUCUCUCUCUUCUGCUGGUCCUAUUCUUGGCUUGGCGUAUCCACCCUGGUGGCCCAAGGCGAGACGCGACAAGGUUUGAUAGCUACACUGACCCCACUUGAACUAGUAUUACUCGGAUACGAAUACUACCUACCUGGGUAGCAGCCCACAACCUGCCCGCCGAAGCGUGAAUCGAAACAUCGGGCGUUCGGACACUUCUCUUGUUCUUCCCACCAUCUCCUGCCCACCAUGCCGGUACUACAUCGUACAUUGCAGUCCGUACCACAUAUAGGUAGGCGUUCGCUUUCUUGGUCUCUGGUCCCCCCUAAUCACCUUCUCCCGCGCUAUUCCAUGUUCAGUGUGUUCCACGCAACCGCAACCCGCUCAGUUGUCGCGGCUUGCCCUCUUUGCUGCUACGUUUUGCCUCUUGUCACUACUCGUUUUGUUUCAACGCCCACAACACGAGAUUGCGCAGGGGCUCUCGUCUUCGUUGCCGUAGUCGUUGUCGCCGUUGUCGAAAAUGCAGCCUUGGCGUCCGAGGGCAAAUGAUGCUUGGCAUCUCAAGACUCGCUGUUCUCCGGUCUCAAACCCUCAGAGCCCAUUUGCGAACCUCGCUUGUCGCCCCGUUCUGUCAUCUCGCCGUGUGUCUCGGUCUGAAGAUCCCCGCUUCGGCCCUUCGCCCCAAAUCUUUCCAAACCUAGCCCACACACCUCUCUCUCUCGUGUAAAGACGAUUGAGGCGAGCACGUGCCGGUACUUUCGGCAGCUACUGGCAGCAAGCAGGUGCAAUGCAACCUAGGUUAAUCCGGGCCCCCGAAUCGGUUCGCCCAAUAUCGCCGUUCCUGCAUGUCUGAACGCAUGAGGAAGCAUACAUACAAUGACUCUUCAUAUCCAUCCGUCCUCCGCCUUUCUGCAUACCGCCAGGUAUUCGUAUGCUCUGAUCGUACCCGGUAGGUAAGGAACCUUACGUGUGAGUGAGUGAGUGUGUGUGUGUAUGACUGUGCCUCUUACUCG